GUUUGGUCUGUGAAAUCCACAUGAGAAACAUAGAGGUAGGCAGGCAGGUACUAAGGUACCUGUUUGCCUAGGUACCUACCUUGCGCCUAUCUUAGGCAGGCAUUAUCCAUUGAGGCCUGAUGUUUUUUCUCCUUGCUGUGAGAAAAUGGGAAGAGAGCAUCGUGACGGACUUGGGAUCUCGAGAUAUUCGAUUUCAUCGUCAUUCAACAACAACAAUAUUCACAAUGAAAACCCCCCGCCACCCCUGAUCAGCGCCACCCGAUGUCGACAGCUUCUAGUCGACAUAUACCCCUGUUGGAGCAAGGAUUGGACUGGCUACAACGAGCUUCCUAGCCAGCUGACCCAUACGAGACGAACCAAUUAUAUCAGCCCUAUCGAGAUCCCGUAUCCGCUAUCAUCUAUCAUGCUCUCCAUCCUUCCGGACCUGGCACCGCGCGACUCGCACUCGCUAUGGUACACCUCCUCACGCAACCCGCUCUCCGGCUACGGGGGCUACGGUGGCGUCAUCGACCCGUACUCGCCGGGCCAGCACGCGGACAACAGCCACGGGCCCGGCUCUCCGUCGCGCGGCAGUGGUGGUGCCGGGGUUAACGGCCAUCCGCAUCACCACCAGCACCCGCAACAGCAGCGCCAGCGCGGUGCGGCGGCCGCCCAUCUCGUCGAGCGUUCGCCCCUCGCCCGCCUACGCGCCGACGAGCAAAAUCUCGAGCGUCGUCGCCAGAAUGUGACAAACUUUGGCAGCGCCUGGCUCAAGCCGCCCGGUGUCCCUAAGACGUUGCACCAACUGCGCGAGGAGCGCCGCGAGGCCGAAGAGCACCAGGAGGCCCUGCGCCGCGAGCAGCUCGCCCAGGAGCUCGCCGAAGCUGAGGCCGCCGGGGCGCUGCCGGCGGCGGCGGCGGCGGUGGGCGAAGGGGUGGAUGUCUUGGUCGACGGCGUCGCCGAUCCUGCUGCCCCUCCCCCCCUGGACACCGACGGGGCCAUGGACGAUGUGCAGCUAGACGGCGCCAGGGAUCUCGACGACGACAUCCCCGAGGCCGAGGACUUCGGUGUCGGCUCCGAUGAAGAGGAAGGCGACGAAGACGAGGAUGAGGAUGACGAAGAAGAUGAUGACGAAGACGGCGACGACGACGACGACCCGGCCCAGAGAACGGCGCGCACGCAGCAGCAGCUGAUGGCGCAGCGGAUGCGUCAGGCCGACGACGCGUUCCGCGAGACGGCGGCCCGCGGACAGGACGGCGGCUACUACUACGGCGUCGACGACGAAGUAGACGACGAGGACCAGGCGCAGAUGAUCGAAGAGGACGACCUCGUGGGCGUCGGCGGCGGCGGCGCGUCCGGGAUGGCGGGCACGGCCGACGACAUGGACAUGGACGCAGACCUCGAUGACGACAUCCCCGAAGCCGAGGACGAGGGCUACGAGCACACGGACUCGGAGGCAGAGCUCGGCGGCGCGAGCAGCAGCGGCAGCGCCGACGAGGACGAGGACGAGGACGACCGCGCCGAGAUGAGCUUCGCGCCGCCGCGGCCGCCGCGCGCUAGGUUCCGCAGCAGCCUCGCGCGCAGCGACGCGACGCGCCACAGCCUCGCCAUCAGCGACAUCCUGUCCCAGGACGGCAGCAGCAUGCUCGCCGACAGCCCGCAGAUGCCGCGGCAGUUCGGCCGCGGCCGCGGCUGAUCGGGCGGAUCCGCACGACGAAAGGGGGUAUGUUGCGGAGGGGAGGAGAGGAGAGACAACACAUUACGCUCGCUCAAGAUACUAGUGGCAACGAACCUCUGUUUUCUCCCCUCGCCCCCGCCUUGUUAGUGUUUACCUUACCUAGACCUCCCCGCGCCUUGCUGCGGCGGAGACAGCUACAGAAGCAGACGAGCAGGC